CAAAUUUGAUUUUCUCAGUAGCAAAUGUUGAUAAAUCGAUUUGAAAAUUUAAGCAAGGAAUAGUGAAAUUGAUAAUGUAUAAGCACAGACUAACAGACGUAACACUGGGACCUAGCUCCAUUGCUACAAAAAACGUUCAUAUCAAAUAUUGCAAUAUCAAUAUUGCAUGCAGUAACGCUGGCGCUGAUGUCGAAAUACAUGACGCAGCGCGAACGUGAUGCUAGUGUUACUAACCAAAUAUCUUAAAUACCAAUAUAGUUCACUUACGUGAAAUUAUGAAGAAAAAUUGAAAAUGACAGAAGCGUUAGUCACCUUUUCGACCGCUAGGUGCGCCACUUCUGAUUUUGUUCUACACGACAUGCGAAAAAGAGUAACUUUUGACAAUAAUAUUACCCUAAUGGGUACACUGAAAAAAAUGCACAUUUUAUUGUCAAGUGGACUCGGCCGAAUAUUUUAUAAUAAUAAAGUUCGCCUAUGUCUAUGGCAAUCCAUGGGUGGUGUUCCACGGUUUGUACGUUUGUCGACCUCCGACAAUAUUUUGAGUUAUAAAAUGGCGACUUCCGGUGACUGGAAAACUGCCGAAAAUGACCAAAUACCACCUAAUAUGGGUGUUUUUUUUUUAACCAGAAUGACGCUCAGAGGCCAGAAAUUGUCUCCAAAUGCCAGUUUGAAAUCCAAGAUGGCGACUUCCGGUUUCUGAAAAACAGCGGCGAAUGACCAGAUAUGGGUAUUUCCGCGAUUGUUAUGAUGCACUGAAGCAAAGAUGACUACACGCAGAGAAAUGACGGUAGUUUAAAACAAUAUCUUUGCAUAAUAACUUCUACGGAUUAUUAAUUUUUGAGUUGACGCCACUCUAUUAAUAGUAUCUCUAAACGAAAACCGCGUCAACCAUUUUUAAAAUUCAAAAGCGAGCGAAAAUGUCUGAUGCGGAAGAAAAAAUUGAAAUAGUGGAAUUCGAGAGCACUGUGGACGAGGAAACCGCUGAAUUAGUCAGUUUGAUAGAAAGUUUUGGAGUGGCCGAUAACGUCAUUAACAAAUUUUUGGCAAACCAGUAUACAAUCGAAACACUGAAGUUCGUCGAGCGUAAGGAGAUUGAAGAGCUCAUUACACAGCCUUAUUUUGCGGAAAGGACUAGAUUUAUUCGGGGACUUAACGAUUGGCGGAAAGGGCAGAAUCUUCCUCUUUUGUCUGAAUCCACGAUUGUAGCAAAGGCUACUUUUCCUUCAGAUGAGUCCAAAGUCACAAGAGAGAACUGCACAGCUACGUUUUUGUUGAAAUCAUCCGCAAAAGGACAAGCUGUCUUGAAAAAAUACCUUGAGUUCCCAUUUUUGUCAAGAGCCGACAAAAAAAAUAUUACGCAGAUCGUGGUAGAUGGGUUUAAGGACCGAUUCUGUAAGCUGUUUCCAUCAGAACUGGAACAAAGAGCAACAGAGUUAAAGAAGCUGUUUCCAAGUGAACCACAGGAAGUUUGGUAUCAAUCGUCGUGGAGUACUAAUAAUGCUGGUCGAAGAAUCAAACUGAGAAAGCAAGCGAAAGGAAAACUUUAUGAUCGUAAUAUUAAUUACAAACCGAUCGUUUUCAAUGAGGCGGCUUUUCCAGUAAAAUCUGGUUGUGAUGUAUACUCCUCAACAACUGAGAUAAGCGAUGAACAAGUUGCAGAAUAUCAGCAAGUCAAAAAAUGGAUUAUCCACAAUCAAGAUGAGUGGGAAGAGUUAAAAAAUAAGUGGAAGCAAACGUCUCGGUUGAGACUAUUUGAACUAGCGAAAAACAACAUUACUAUUUCGACGAGUACCAUUCUUUCGGAGUAUUCCGUAUUACGCAAUCACCAAGCAUAUCAACUUGUGCAGAUUGACUUCCAGCAUCGGUAUCCGGAUAAGGAAAAACUUCUUUUUGAUCGUUGGGACCAGUUCGUCUCGGGUCUUUGUCCAAUUUUGGAAAUCGAGGUCAGUGAUGUAGAAGGGAAAGUUCUUCUUAAUCGGUUAAGGAAUCAGGAAACAACGACUGAUGGUGAAGGCCUCCUAACAGUAUUACUACUGACCCACAUUCUGCCAAGUCCUAUGUUGACAAUCUCGCAAAAGCGUCGCUGGAAACCUUCAAUAGUUGAGUCUCGUGAAAGUGUGAUAACUCAAAUUGAAAGUUUAUCGGAACUACAUACCACUUUGACGAAACAUUUGAAUGCCUGUCGUGAUAGAGGAAUACCAUCAACGCCCUUCAUCGUGGUUCAUGGAACAGACACAACUCGUCCUGAAGGGUUUGCGGUGUGGAAUAACGAAGGCUAAUACAAGUUGUCAAGCCUACCGAAGGCGCUCGAUGUCUGUAUUAAGCUGUACAAAACCUAUGACAUUGAAUUUCCCAAGCAAUCAUCGUUGAUUUGGAACCUGCUAGCCUCGUUUUUUUACGAUUUUCAAGCACCAGCCGAUCAAGUUUCUAUCUCGGCGCUUUGCUCAUCUAUUCAUAAUCAUCUAUCAAAAUCAUGAUUCACUGCAUAUCCCUACGAUGCACUUGGAGCAAUAACUCACUUUAAAAGUUUAAUGAUCACCUUAACAAAUUCCACGGUAAUCUCCAGGUUUACGAAUGCAAUGUAGGUAAUUGCUCCAGAAAAUACACCGUGAAGCAUUCAUUUUAUCGACAUUUCAAAGCGCACUGCCAUAAAACAUCCAUUUUGAAGACAACAGAAACAUCUUAUUCGAGCUUAAACGAUUUUACUACUACUAAUGCCGAAGAAUAUUAUUCAAACAUAGAUGAUGAGCAAGUAACGUAUGCAUCGUUUUCCUCAAAUUUAAUUGAUGCACAGGAACAACCACUUGAGAAUUUGUUGUACAUGGAUAAGUUAAAUGCUCUAAUUGAAAAAAUACAAAACGUUGCUAUAGACUUUAACCUGAAAUAUUUUAAUGCAACUACAAUUCCACGGAAAACUGUUUUUGAUAUUCGAAAAGAUAUCAAAUCUAAAAUCAUAGAUCCAUUUUCUGAAGCAAUCGAUAUAAUGACAUCAAUCGGUAUGGUGACUGAAGAGGGUAAAAACAUUUUAAGUAAAAUGUUCUCAGCAGUAACAGAAGUAGAGUACGAGUAUAAGCAUCUUGCAAGACUGAAAGAGCUUAACCUUUAUGUUGAUCCGAACGAAUUUGUUAUCAGCAAUGAGCUUCGUCCUGGUAUCGUACAUAAUAAACAAAUAAUGGAUAACAAUCCCGUUACAGGCGUUCUACUGCCCAUGCAAUUCACUUUGAGGAAAUAUUUGGAAUCGACAGGAGUCAUGGAAACUGUUAUUAAGAGUAUCAAACCCUCUGGUGACGGUUUCAUUCGAAGCCUGUUGGAUGGUGGAAUUUGGAAAACGAGGACUGCAGGUCUAGAAUCAAAGAUUGUAAUUCCACUGAACCUCUUCUUCGACGACUUUACUACCACCGACACCGUCUCACCUCAUGCAGCGAGCACUUCUCUAUGCGGGAUUUAUUGUUACGUCGCUUGUCUACCUGCAAACGUUUUAACGAAACUAGAAAAUGUACAUGUUGUCGGCUAUGUACUGUCAGAAAAAAAAAAACAAUGAACAACUAUUCAGUAACCUUGUAGACACGCUUAGCGAGUUAGAGACAAGUGGCCUCAGCAUUAGUUAUAACGGAGCAAAUUUAACAGCUUAUUUUAUGUUAGGUUUGAUUACUGGUGACAACUUAGGAUUGUCUGGUAGGCUAGAUAUGGUAGAAUCUUCACGAGCCAAUUUUUACUGCAGGUUGUGUAAACGAAACCGCGAACAGAGAGAAAACGAUACAGUCGAAUACGAAGAUAGUUUCAGAACCGUAGAGAAUUACCAGGAAGAUCUUUUGCGAGAUGAAGUAUCGAUGAGCGGCAUAAAAGAUACCAGUAUUUUCAAUCGAAUCCCAUCUUUUCAUGUAACUUUCAAUGUUCACUUCGAUUUGAUGCAUGACCUCUGGGAAGGUGUGUGCGUGUAUGGGUUAGGUCAUUAUCUUAACUAUUUUAUCAAAACUAAAAAAAUGUUUACACUUGAUGAUUUGAACUACCGAAAGAACUUAUUCGUUUUCGGAAAGCUCUACUCAGCUAACAUUCCAGAUGAUAUUAAAGAAGUCAAUAUUUCUAAAUACAAAUUUAAAAUGACAGCAAGUGAAGUAAAAACACUUGUUACGUUUCUCCCUCUUAUCAUAGGUAAAUUGGUGCCUGUAGAUGAUGUUGUAUGGAAACAUUUCUGCGUGUUACUCAAAAUAUGCCACAUUUUAAUGCUCCGUGAAUUUUUACCAGAACAUUUAUCCCUGCUAAAAGAACUUGUAAAUAUUCAUCACACGCAAUAUAUAACCCUGUUCAACGAUAGACUCAAGCCAAAACAUCACAACAUUGUACAUUACGCAACGUUUAUUAUGUGCUCAGGUACACCUCGUCAUCAAUGGACAAUGAGGGGAGAGGCAAAACAUCGGGAAGCCAAACAAUAUAGCAGAGUAAAUAAUAAUAAGAUUAAUCUAUGCAAAUCACUAGGAAUUAAGGCUAGUUUAAAGUUUGCUUACAACGUUUUUAAUAAUUCUUUUGUUUCGACAUCAAUUGAUUUAUCCCAGUCCAAAUUAUCGGUCAUGAGUUUGAACUGUGAGCAUAGUGGCCUUCUAAAUAAAAAUUACAAAAUUGAUAUUAACUCUGUACAAUAUAUUGAUAAAUUUAAGAAAAAUGGUUACGAAUUCGCAAAAGGCGCUAUAUUUUACAUCCGACAAAAUAAUAUGGCGAGUAUUUACGAAUUAGAAGAUACAAUACUCGACAACGACGAGCAUCUCCUUAUGAUAUGCUACAGUAUUCACUCGCGUAACUUUGAUGAACAUUUUCAAUCUUUUAAAACAUCCAAAAAAAUAGUCAUUUCAAACAUAGAAAAUAUAAAAAUAUGCACAAUAAACUUGCACAAGGUAGACGAUAGGCUAUAUCUAAGGCAAUGUAAUAUUAUAAAAAUAAUAAAUGCGUAGCGAUUUAUUUCAUGUUAAUUUAUUUGCAAAAUAAAA